AUGACUACUACUUGGGGUAAUCUUCGGCCGUACGAAAAUUCCCGUGGUUUUGGCAUGCCGAAGGGCGUACCCAGAGGCUGCGAGUUGUCGGAGGUGCAUGUACUUCACAGGCAUGCACAACGUUACCCAGCUGGCGAGCCACUGGAAUUUGUUGACAAACUAGCGACUUACAAGACGGCUCACCCACGGAGAACAAUAGGAAAAGGGUCUCUUAAAUUUCUCAAUGACUGGGAGAAUUUAUUGGGGAUGGAUACCCUGCUCGCAACGGGCUCUUCAACCGAGGCCACAUCUGGUGCAAACUUUUGGAACAAAUAUGCCCGACUUCUGUAUCGUGCAGGCCCGGGAGUUGCUAGAUGGAACGAGUCUUUGAACGUGUUUCCCAAUGGCACUGCGAGGCCGCAUCCUAUCUUCAGGACAACAACGCAGGAUAGGAUACUUGAAAGUGCGAAGUGGUGGUUGAGCGGAUUUUUCAGCGACACAGAUGCGAAUGGCUCACAAGACCGGUACAGUCUUGUCGUGAUCCCUGAAGCAGAACGCUUCAAUAAUACACUUGCGCCGUACUUUUCCUGUACCAAGACGCAUCAUUCAGGGUCUAAGUCGCGAGGGCAGUGGACCUCUACUUACACUAAGGAUGCAGUGGAACGCUUCUCGAAUCUUCUCCCGGCUGAUUUCAAUUUAACGGGUAGCAAUGUUCGCGAGAUGCAGCUCCUCUGUGCCUAUGAGUGGACUGGUUUCGGAGGCUCCAACUUUUGUUCCCUUUUUACUGAACAGGAGUGGCGUGACUUUGAGUAUUCAACGGACAUCGAGUUUUAUGCCGAGUCUGGAUUUGGGUCACCUGUCGGCCGUGCCUUUGGCAUUGGCUAUGUGGAGGAGCUCGUGGCAAGGCUUGAAAGAAGGCUCCUAUACACCAGCGACACAAGCGUGAAUGUUGACUUCGACAGCAAUGCGACGACAUUUCCCCUCCACCAACCUUUCUAUCUUGACAUGUCUCAUGAUGUAACCAUCCUCGCCGUCCUGACCGCUCUUGGUCUGGACUACUUCAAUCAUGGGCCCCGCGGCCUGCCAGGAGACGUCAAGCGAGUCCCACGCCACACAUUCAAGGCCAGCGAGGUGAUCCCGUUCGGAGCCCGACUCGUCUCCGAAAUCUGGACUUGCCCAUGCGAAAGACCCAGCUUCGAACGCCUCCUCGCGGUGCUUUAUAAAAACCCAAGCCUCUCGCAGAAAAAAUGUACAAAUAAUUAUAUUCGCUUUGUUCUGAAUGAUGCGCCGCUCCCGCUACACGGCUUGCCGAGAUGCAGGCACUCAAAAAAAGGAUUUUGCCCCGUUAACCAGUUUGCUCGUGCACUGCCGGCGCUGAAGAAGGAGGCAAUGUACCAGUGGGCGUGUUUUGGCAACUAUACGGCCCCUGGCCACCAAGUGGGUAAUGGUCAUCCAGAAGAACUACCGUCGGCUUAA